AUGCUCUCGCACGCCGACCUCCUGGAUGCUCGCCUCGGGAUGAAGGAUGCAGCGGCGGAGCUUCUAGGACACCGGGAGGCGUUGAAGUGCAGACUAGGAGCCGGGGUGUCUGACCCCGGGCACCCGGGCGAUCUACCGCCGGGUUCCGACGCUGUUGAAGGAGCGACGCUUCUCUCUGGAGACGACAUAAACAAUGCUGGAUCCAAUGCUCCCGGUAUGCAGGUCAACACGAAAGACCAGGAGAAACAGCAGCAACAGCAAAAUCCCAACCAGUCAGGCGGGCAACAAAGCCAGCAGAAACAGAAGAGGCACCGGACCCGUUUUACCCCAGCCCAGCUUAACGAACUUGAGAGAAGCUUCGCAAAAACCCAUUACCCAGAUAUCUUCAUGAGAGAAGAACUGGCGCUAAGGAUCGGUCUGACAGAAUCACGUGUACAGGUUUGGUUUCAGAAUAGGCGUGCCAAAUGGAAGAAGCGCAAGAAGACCACCAACGUUUUCCGAGCCCCGGGCACCCUGUUGCCGACGCACGGCCUGCCACAGUUCCCCUCUGCCGCGGCCGCAGCGGCGGCUAUGGGCGACAGUCUCUGCUCUUUCCAUGCCAACGAUACCCGCUGGGCCGCAGCCGGGAUGCCUGGCGUUUCUCAGCUGCAACUCCCACCCGCCUUGGGCCGGCAGCAGGCCAUGGCCCAGUCCUUGUCCCAGUGCAGCCUUGGAGCAGGGCCCCCUCCCAACUCGAUGAGUUUGUCCAACAGCCUGUCCUCUAACGGCUCAGGGCUCCAGUCACACCUCUACCAGCCCACAUUUCCUGGUAUGGUGCCGGCGUCCCUCUCCGGUCCUACAAAUGUGACCGGCUCUCCCCAGCUUUGUAGCUCUCCGGACAGUGACGUCUGGAGAGGGACGAGCAUCGCCUCCCUGCGCCGCAAAGCGCUGGAGCACACAGUCUCCAUGAGUUUCACCUAA